CACAACACAACACAACGCACACCAUGCUCCGCCGCCCCGCCACCGUCAUCUCCCUCACCCCCGACGACAUUGUCGCCUACGAGCAGAACCGCCAGCAGCGCGAGUGGCAGCAGAAGCAGACGCACUCGUCGGUUAUGGGGAGGGCUCGUUGA